AUGUGGUCCAACAUCAGUGCUGCUCCUUUUCUACUGACUGGCUUCCCAGGUCUGGAGAAAUUUCAUCCUUGGGUCUCCAUCUCCUUCUUUGUCAUCUAUGUGUCCGUACUCCUCGGCAAUGGCACCCUCCUCUUCCUUAUCAGAGAAGACCAUACUCCUUACGAGCCUAUGUACUACUUUCUAGCUAUAUUGGCAGCCACAGACCUUGGAGUGACUUUGACAACGAUGCCCACUGUGCUUGGUGCUCUGUGGCUGGAUCACAGGGAGAUCAGCCAUGGAGCCUGCUACUUCCAGGCCUAUCUAACCCACUCACUCUCUGUUGUGGAGUCCGGAGUCUUGCUCGUCAUGGCCUAUGAUCAUUUUAUUGCCAUCCGCAACCCCCUGAGAUACACCUCCAUUCUCACCAAUACUAAGCUGGUGAAGAUAGGUCUAGGGGUUCUAAUGAGAAGAUUGAUACUUAUUGUGCCCAUAAUCAUCACCCUCUCCAGAUUCCCUUACUGCAGAUCCCAUGUCCUGUCCCAUGCCUUCUGCCUGUACUAGGAUGUGAUCAAACUGGCUUGUGCUGACAUAGCCUUCAAUAGACUCUAUCCUAUACUCCUGGUCUCUCUAACUGGUUUCUUGGACUCUGUGCUUAUCCUUAUCUCUUAUGUCCUAAUCUUUAAUACUGUCAUGGGGAUUGCAUCAGGUAAAGAGCAGGCUAAGGCUCUAAAUAUUUGUGUCUCCCAUAUCAGCUGUGUUCUGGUUUUCUACAUCACUGUGACUGGGCUGAUCCUCAUUCACCAAUUUGGGAAAUAUGUGCCACAUGUGUUUCAUAUUAUCAUGAGCUAUAUCUAUUUCUUCUUCCCCCCAUUUAUGAAUCCAAUAAUCUAUAGCAUUAAGACCAAGCAGAUACAGGAUGGCAUCAAUUGCCUUUUCUCUUUCCAGAGACUCUGAACAUGAUCUACUUACUGUGGGGGUUCUCCCCACUGUUGGAUGGGUUUCUUGGCAAAAUGGACUAUAUAAUGCCAGUGUAUCUCAGAAUCAAAAGGAUUGGAAUUCCUGUCAUGUAAAAGACACAGGGCCAUAGCUCUGAUUCUCACCCGCUUGCUCAUAACACACC